UAUUCCUCGGGUAUUAUUUUGCUCUAUUGUGAAAUAUGGAUAUGGGCAUCAUGGUAGAUUUUGGCGUUGGCUGCCGGUGCGAUUGAAAGCCGCCGCAGUAGCGUGUCCGGCGUCCGUAGUCCUCCUGCUUCCAACUUACUUCUUUACUGGGUGGAUUUGUUCCUGUCAGACGCCGCCCAGAUCUGCCGUCUUAUGCAGCACUUCGUGCUUCGGUUCUCUUCGAUCACUAGUUGAUAUAUUAUAGCUGAUUUGUGCACGGGAGGCCGGUGACCGGGGUUUUGAAUUAGGAUGGGGCAAUCUGUGCCAAUUUACUACAUCAUCAUCGCCUUGCCUUGCACUGUUGGAGCAAUUGCUUUGGCAAUUUUACACAUUUACAGGCACCUUUUGAAUUAUACUGAACCUACUUAUCAGAGAUUCAUAGUCCGCAUCAUCUUCAUGGUUCCUGUAUAUGCAUUAAUGUCAUUUUUGUCACUUGUUUUACCUGAGAGCUCCAUAUAUUUUAAUUCCUUCCGAGAAGUUUACGAAGCUUGGGUCAUUUAUAAUUUCUUGUCUUUGUGCCUGGCAUGGGUGGGUGGCCCUGGAGCUGUGGUUUUAAGUUUAAGUGGUCGAACUCUGAAGCCAUCUUGGUGUCUGAUGACCUGUUGCUUCGCUGCAAUGCCAUUGGAUGGGCGUUUCAUACGGAGGUGCAAACAAGGGUGUUUGCAGUUUGUGAUUCUUAAACCUAUAUUAGUUGCUGUUACAUUCGUACUUUAUGCGAAAGGGAAAUAUGAAGAUGGAAAUUUUAGUGCCAAGCAAGCAUACUUGUAUCUCACCAUUAUUUAUACAAUCUCAUACACAAUGGCACUCUAUGCCUUGGUUUUGUUUUAUGUAGCAUGCAAAGAUCUGCUUCAACCAUUCAAUCCAGUUCCGAAGUUUAUCAUAAUCAAAUCCGUUGUUUUUCUUACAUAUUGGCAGGGUGUUCUGGUUUUUCUUGCUGCAAAAUCUGGAUUCAUAACGGAUGCAGAGCAAGCUGCUGAAUUCCAAAAUUUUGUAAUAUGCCUUGAGAUGCUUAUUGCUGCUGUGGGUCAUCUUUAUGCAUUUCCAUACAAGGAGUAUGCUGGUGCAAAUAUUGGCAUUUCACGUGGCUUGGCGGGAAGCCUUGCGCAUGCGUUAAAGUUAAAUGACUUUUACCAUGAUACAGUCCACCAGUUUGCACCAACCUACCAUGAUUAUGUUCUGUACAACCAUACAGAGGGUGAUGAGGGAACCAGGAAGUAUCGAUCACGCACCUUUGUGCCAACUGGGCAGGAAAUGGAUGCUGUAAGAAGAAAUAAACAUAUGCUUGGAAACAAGAUGGAUGACAUACAGCUAUAUAGUCUCUCAUCUUCUGGCACAAGUACUCCUAAGAAUCCCAGCUCCCUACAGGAAUCUGCACAUUCUGAGGCAAUGAAAUCGUCCCUCCUUAUGGAUACCUCAAAUUCCCUAUCUAUGCCUUACGACCUUUCACUUAUUGAUUUGGACAUGUCUAAUUACCCAUCUAAGGUGCCUUCCGUAGGUGAAACUGGGACUAGGUAGCGUCUGAGGGUGCAGAAACUGGUUAGUCUGAUAAGAGGAGCUUCAGCUGUUAGUUUUGCUUUUUGAUUUUUUUUUUUUUGUUGCUUGUGUUAUUCUCUCUCUCUCUCUCGUUACACUGGCACUAAGCCUCGCUUGUAAAUGGAAGCAGAUGCCAUAUAAAUAGUGCCUCUGGUCUCAUCCAGUAGCGUGUCUGACAUUUUCAUUGUAGAUACAGGAGUUCAGAUUUUUGUGCCUGCUCGUAUUGAAGUUAUGGCUACAACAUUAAGUCAAGAAGUAUUGUUUGCCAUUGAUAUAA